ACAGGAGACUGGGAGGCUGCGCCGGCAGAUGGGGCAUUUACGGCACCCAGCGUGUGUUCGUUUGAGUUUAUUGUCAGAUUUUGUUGUUCCUGUGGUGUCCGUUGAACGAGUUCUCUCUUACCGUCAGUGAAGGCAACGUUAUUGAGACGUUGUCGCGAGCGGCCAGCCGUCGACCACCGUUUUGCCUUAAGGUUAGCUACUGCAACUCGACUGCUAUGUUAGCGAUUUAAUGGGGAAACGCUUGAAUGUGGCUACAACAGAGCUUUAAAGUAACGUUUCUGAAACCUUACGACUCUUAAACCUGUGCUGUCUCCAUGCAGUGGGCCUGUCAGCAGGAAGCUGCUGUUUCAGUGAAGACCUUGUGAUUGGAUGAAGAGAGAACCACCGACAACCAGUAUGGCCGUGCUCCAUCCUGGAAUUUCCCAAAAUCCUUAGUUCUCUGAUCUGCAGCUGAGUCUACUGAACCCUGAACCGUGACUGGCACAAGUCUAUGACUGACAUCCUGUCAGGUGAUCUGUCUUGUGCCACAAUGAUGUCGGUAGAUAUGACCAAUCACAAUGGCCCCGCUGCCACACCUCCCACCUCCCUCAGCCUUCGCUCCUCGCACAACCAGCUACUCAGCAGUGACGUCAUAAAGCAGGGCUCCGCCACACCUCCCAAGUGUCGCAAAAAGUAUGCACUCACCAGUAUCCAGGCUGCCAUGGGCCUCGGAGAAGCAGUGCCAUCUUCAUCAUCACCAUCUUCAUCCCCAUCACAGUCUUCUACUCCCAGCAAUCCCAAACUAGCCAAGAAUGGAGUCAACCAGCUCCGUAAAGCCGGUCAGGAUCACAACAAAAACACUACCGGCCAUGACCCGAAGGACCUGGACGGUAAUUCGGAAACUGCAGCAGAUGACCUGAAUGUCAACACAGCUGAGGAGCAUGAUAGUCACACUCUCACUAACAAUGACCGAGAGGAUGAUGUCAUUAAGCUAGAAGAUGAACUGCACCCAGAUAGUGAUGCAGAGCCCGAGCAGAAAACUGAAUCAGACAUAGACUGUAACAUUAACACGACUGUGGAUCUCCAACUGAAUGGCAACACAACAGCAGAUCUGGGCUUUGACUUGAAUAUUGAGGCAGAGGAGAGCGAUGACAUCAGCAUACUGUCUGAGAAGGAAAUGAUGUCAAAGAUGAAGAUUGAGGAAGAUGGAGAUGAGGGAUUAGUGGAGGAGCAGGAGGAUGAGGAGAAGAAGCCCUUACUGGUGAUAGAAAGUGUUACUCCUGUGAAGAACCAGGAAGUUUCUUCAGGCCUGGAGUUCAUCUCUAACUUCCACUCCAACCUCAAGCUCCUCAAAUCAGGCAAGGAUUCUUCGGUGCCUCCUCCUCCUUCGCCUCCCAGGCAAACCAGCCCAGAGGACGCGCCCUUGCUCUCUGUGGCCUCCUGCUCCUCCUCUUCCUCCUCUUCUCCAGAGACAAAAAAGGACAGAAGGACUGGCGCAAAGACAGAUUGUGCUUUGAAUCGCAUCCAAAAUCUAAACCCCAGUGAUGAGGAGUUGAGUUGGACCACACUGUCCCAGGAGAGCAACUCCCCAGAGGAGACAGAUAUUUGGAGCGAGCAGUCGUUCCAGACAGACCCUGACCUGCCUCCAGGAUGGAAGAAGAUCACAGACAUGGCCGGUAUCUACUACUGGCACAUUCCUACAGGCACCACCCAGUGGGAGAGGCCUGCAACCCGCCCAACGCCCCCUGGACAGACGGAGUCCCAGGCCCUGGGCGACCACACAGCCUCGACAGCACGUGAACACUCCCUGGGCUCACUCAGUCCCUCACCCACUCCUGACCACGAUUCGUGCCAGGCAGAGAUCUUCUUCAGGGCGUCGACUCGCUCAGGCAGCACCACCUCCGACAGCUCAGUAGAGCCUCUCUCCACUCAAGAGCCCACUCUCACCACAUGUGGAUUCGUCAACAGCUGCUACUUUCCUCGUUCCACAUCUCUGCAGGGGAUGCCUGAUCAAGACUGUCGCUCUCAGCAUCACACAGAUGAGGAUAAGAAACAGGUGUGGAGUGAUUUUGGCGGAAAGAUUGAUAGUGAAGUGUGGAAGGACCUGCAGGCAGCCACGGUGAACCCUGACCCCAGUUUGAAGGAGUUUGAGGGUGCCACACUUCGCUACGCAUCACUUAAGCUAAGGAACCGUCCAACAGUGGAAGAAGAGGAGUCUAGCAGUGUCAACAGUGACCCAGAAUCAAAGUGUUUUGCAGUGCGCUCUCUGGGAUGGGUAGAGAUGGCUGAGGAGGACUUAGCUCCUGGAAAGAGCAGUGUUGCUGUUAACAACUGCAUUCGACAGCUGUCCUACUGCAAGAAUGACAUCCGAGACACUGUCGGCAUCUGGGGAGAGGGGAAGGACAUGUACCUGCUGCUGGAAAACAAUAUGUUGAACCUGGUCGACCCCAUGGACCGCAGUGUGCUUCACUCUCAGCCAAUAGCAAGUAUCCGGGUCUGGGGCGUUGGCCGAGACAAUGGCAGGGACUUUGCAUAUGUGGCGCGGGAUAAAAACACCAGGAUCCUGAAAUGUCAUGUGUUCCGCUGUGACACGCCAGCCAAAGCCAUUGCCACCAGCCUGCAUGAGAUCUGCUCCCGGAUAAUGACUGAGCGAAAGAAUGCCAAAGCGAUGGCAGGAGGUUCUUUCCAGGACAGGAUGCAGGCAGGACUGGAUCUCCCUUUACAAGCAGAGUUCCCCACACCGAAGACAGAGCUGGUUCAGAAGUUUCAGGUUCUCUACCUUGGAAUGAUGCCUGUGGCCAGACCAAUAGGCAUGGACAUACUGAAUGGAGCUAUUGACAGUUUAGUUGGUUCUUCCAACAAAGAGGACUGGACUCCGGUAGCUCUCAAUGUGGCAGAUGCAACUGUCACCAUCAGCAAAGAUAAGGAUGAAGAGGAAGUGCUAGUGGAGUGUCGUGUUCGUUUCCUGUCUUUCAUGGGUGUUGGGCAUGACGUGCACACGUUUGCAUUUGUCAUGGACGCUGGCGGCCAUCGUUUUGACUGUCACGUCUUCUGGUGUGAGCCCAAUGCUGGGAAUGUGUCGGAGGCUGUACAGGCAGCCUGUAUGCUGCGGUAUCAGAAGUGUUUGGUGGCUCGGCCCCCCUCCCAGAAGGCCUGCGGCUCGUCUCCCCCAGGUGACUCGGUGUCCCGUCGAGUCUCGACCAGCGUGAAGAGAGGCGUCCUGUCUCUCAUCGACACCCUCAAACACAAGAGACCCGUCACAGAGUUGCCGCAGUAACCGCGGUUGAGUGCCACCAAUCCCCUACCACAACCCCCAAUCACCAUGGUAACUAGUUGCAUCGCUGCCAAAACCCGUCACCACCACAGGCCCAAGUAACCAUGGAAACACAGCAAAGCCCCAGGGUUUGGGAAACCCUGUCACAGUUCCUUCGCUUUUUCUGGAGUAAAAUUUGAUUUUCACCUCAAGAGUUUAUCAGCUCUUAAGAAACAACUCAAAUCAGUUUCCCCAAAAUGAUUGAGUUGAAGAAAGACUCUAAUUCCACAUCAAGAAGGAACAAGCACAGAGAAACCCUUUGAAUGAUCAUCUUCAAGGUGAUGGUGUACAUAGAAGUAACGCUCAACCCCCCUCAGCACAGAACAGGAGUGGGGAGACAAGAGCAAAAACUGAAGUAGGAAGUGCUCCUCCAAAGCACAGCACGUGUGAUGAGUGAGCUCAAUGCUGCCAAAACUGCUUAUCUCACCAUGCUCUAAUUGUAUUUGUGUCUGUGCCUGUGCUGCCAGCAUGACCUUGCACACCUGGCCACGCCCCUCUCUCUUUUAGCUAGUUGUUCUGUUAGUCUGUAGUGCCACCCCCUCCCCCUCCCUCAUUCUCAUCAUCCUCAGUAGACUGUGACGUGAAGUAAAUUGAAGGAAAUAAUCAUGAAAGCCAUCAUGUCUGAUUUUCAAAUCAGUAUGUAACGAAUGAAAGAAGGAAGCUGCUACGGACUAAAGAGAUUCGGCCAUCUGUCUGCACACGCUCACUCUCUAAUCUGUUCAACUGAUCCUGCAUGAAUUUUUGAUACUGAAGGGGUGAGAAAUCCGAAGCCACAUUGUUAUUUUUUUUUUUUUUACUUAUUCAUUAACUCUUUCUUUCUCGUCAGCUGUGCAAGAAUCAGCCUGGAGGGUCUAAACGAGUGGUGACCAUUCACCUGAAAUAGUCUUCAUGUACUUGGGGUUUACGUGUUGUUUUUAUUCUUUUGUCAUCCCUUGGAAAAUGACAGAUGAUAGCCAUAAUGGAGGAGUAGAUGCAGAGUGUUACCCCUCCUUCCGCUGCUCCUUUGCUCUCUGGAAAAAAGUACUAGACUGCUUCUCCAAACGUAAGGAGACAUCAGCAUGCUGCUGCUGCUGCUCUUUGAUUCACAUGCUGGAGGAAAAUAUGACUGAUUAUUCCUUUAAAUACCACCUCAGUAUCACUCCUCAGAGACUUCCUGUCCACCAAUAAAAAGGGAUUGGCGAUGCAAGAAUUGCUAGAGGAAUCAUGGGAAGAAGAAGAAGACUGGAGGAAUUUGUUUUUGUCCUCGGGUAUGGUGGCAAUGAUUUUGUCCACAGCUGAGAUCUGAACUGUGAGCAGGUGAGGAGGAGAGAGACGGGUUUCACCUCCGGCCUCCGGACAGCCAACAGAGAGACACACUGACUCAAAUUAAUAGGACUUUCCUGGGCUGCUCUCUGUCUGUCUCCAGGGUUAUGUUCAUUUGAAUGCGCCUUCUCUGUUUUUCAUUGCCUGUUUCUGUGCUGUAUGACUGUUUUCAUCAGUGCCACAAGAUCAAUUUUGUUGUUGUUUUGUUUGUUUUCUUCAGUUUUUCUCACACAAAUCUCAGUUCAACACUGCUAGCUCCUUAUUAUCACAUAUCUGAUAAGCUUGUAUGAGUGGUAAUAACCAGUGAAAGCCUUUAUUGCAACUAAAUCACAAACACAUUUUCCCCCUGGCAGGUCUUUUGGAUGGAGGGCAUCAGAUUAAUACUGAACCUCUGUAAUUGACCUCUCCACUGAACAGUAAUGGUCUGAUCACAUUUUGGGAAUUGUAUAUACACAUGGCCGCCCUGUCAAGCUUGGAUUACUCCCUUGUGCAAGUGCGCUGUAGGAAAACCAAUGCUGCAUAUGUGUCCAGUGUUGUUUACAAAACCAGUAGCACAAGAAAAAGUGUAGGGAAUUGGUUAAACUGUGUGUUUUUCUUCUCUAGCAUAAGUUGCAGUUGUUAGCAUGCCAGGCUAACUAGCUUACUGUAGACCGCUAACAGUAUUUGUGGGUUUACAAAUUAGUUUAAGAGUAAACAACUUGGCUCUUAAUAGCAUAUCCUUUGUGUAGUAUUCCCCAUUGUAACAUGGAUGCUACUGUUAGAGUUAAGGGAAAUGUUAGCAGUUCUGUCCUGUUCUAUAUUGGUUUGAGAAAGUUAGCAUCGAUCAACACAUUAGUUAGUCCUUUACCCAAAAGCCUAAACACAUUCAUUGUUAGAAAAUGUGAACAUUAAAGCAUAAAUCUAGAAUCUGUCCUGGUUAAAUUAAGUGACCGAACGGGGUUGUGUUACGUUAUGUUAUGUAUACCAGGACUAAGUAGCUCCAACCCGCUAAGCAAAAACAGUUUUCUACAUCGAUCACCAAUUGCUGUGGAGGCUAACAGAAACAUAUAGGUUGAGCUUCCGUCUUCUUACAUGAUUUUCAGUCAUCAUCUGCAUUCAACACACCUUAUACAUGAAAAGUGACAUUAAAAAAUCAGCCAGAGAAAAGUUUACUCUACCACCUCAUUGAACUAUCAUUAGCUUAAUUAGCUAACCAAUGAGCAGAUUAAAAUCUUCUCGCGACAGUUGUCACUUCAUCUGCCGCAGUUGGUAGUCCCUGGUUAUAGAAGUGAGAAGCUCCUUUUCUUUACUUCUGUGUGAAAUCAAAGAACAGUUAUUUCAAGGUUUCAUGGUAAAUCUGCCACCGUUUUCGCAAACUACAUGUGGGUCAUAUGAGAAAGAAAAGCUUGACAGGCAUAGCAACAGUAACUACAGGGGGCGUGGCUUAGCUAACGAUGGAAUUACAUCUGCAGGUGCGUUUAUCUCCAUGUUUUGCUUUUGAACAUGCAUAGCUUGAAGGAACUGGGAGUGAAAUUGAGAUUCUGAUGAGAAAAUUCAGCCACAUCACCUUCUUUUGUCACAAGGAUGUCGAAAUGUGAAUGAAAUGACAGAAUAUGUGUGUACAUAAUAUCCAUUUGAUGUAACAUUUGGCAUUAAUCAUUGUUAUAAGCUAUGUUUUCAUUUUGAAUGUCUGUAGUUUUCUAUUAUUUUUCUUGUAAUGAAAUGCCUUUUUUGAGAACUCACCAAAUGGCCAAAGUGUAAAAUACUGAUAUAGGUCGUUGUAGAUAAGGAAAAUAUGAGAGCAAAUAAUGAAAAAGAGAGGAGAGGUGAUUGGAAAUUUCCACAGUUGUCAAUUUAGUUGAUACUGAAUUUAACUGAGCAAAUAUCUAUGCAUUCUUUUAAUCUCGCGAAAUGGAAAGUCGUAAAAAGCCUUGCAUGCCCUUGGAUGGUAGAAAGAACGACUGUAUGUACUGAACAGAAAUAUUUUUUAUUUUAUUUAUUCUAUUUUAUAAAGGUAUAUACUGAUUUUAUUAGUUGGGACAUGUAAACUCUCUUGACUCUGUGUCAUUGUCUCAGUCCCUGGUUAACUCACAAGGCUACAACAAGCUCCGCUUUGCAGAAAAAGGCAGAUAAAGGAAUAUAUCUUCACCUUGUACAGUGCAUAGAGAGCUGGGAGUCCUCUGUUGGUCUGGACAGUUCACAGGAGUAAAAAUGUGGAGGAGAAGGAAGAUGGUGAUGGUGACAGCAGUGGACUCCCAGCAUCUCUGUCAAACUCACACAUAAGCAACAACAAACAUACAUUUCCCACAGAUGGAUGUGUUGGCUUCCGUUUGCUGCUCACUGAUUUGUACACUUUAUCAAUGUAACCAAUUGUGAGAAUAAACAGCAUUAUGAAAUAGAA